AUGGAAGAUGCCAAGAGACAAGCUAGCCAAGUCACAAAUGGCUUCAAAGACAGGUGGAAAGGAGCAGACUACAGUGCAGCGUACUCCACUGGUACCAGGCCCAUCACCUGCAAUGCCCCAUAUAUGUCAACUCCAAUACCAAUUGCAGAGACACACAGCGCACUGGAGCUGCACUCGGCACUGAGGUAUUCACUGUCACCAACACAGUCUGUUGCUGAUACUGUUUUACCAGUUAGCGCUGUGUAUGAAAGAGGACACAAGAUACCCAUCAAACCAAUUGGGUGGAUAUGUGGGCAGGCGUUAAAGAGAUUUUCUGGACAAGUUUACCUAAUUCAGAGAGCAGUUGUGGAAAUUAUAGAUGAGAUUAAGGAUGAAUUUUCAACCAUAAUUGGAUUGCAACAGUCAAACCAGGAAAUUGUUCCCAUUCUACAAGCAUCCAGAUCAGUUGUGGCAAGUGCAUUCUCUUCAUCUCCUGGAGUAAGAGUUAUUAAUGGGCUAAACAGAAUAUCAACAUCUUCAAAAUCUGUUGCCAAAGUCUUGCAGCCACAACUUGUACAAAGUUUUGCAGAGUUAAAUACUAUGUCUCGUCUUCUGAAAAAUGUAAAUAUACCAAAGCAGCCUCUCUAUAAAAAUCAGGUAUGGGAGCAUUAGUUCAAAUGCUCAUUAUUUAGGACUAUUCUGACGUUCUUUACCUGCGGUGUAUAUCAGGCCCCUGCAUACAUGGCAGUCUCUAUUAACAUAGUAUUAAGGAAAAUAAAAAACGUUGUUGAAGAAGAAAAUGCCUCAGAAAACACUAAGAAUAAGGAAGAAAAAGAUGUAUUCUGCAAGUAUGAAGAUUUAGCAAGUUACACUGUGCCCUCCCCAGAGAAAAAAGUCUUUUCUGAAUUUCCUGUUGUCACUAAGAGCAGCAUUCACAUCCUACACUCUGCACUGGAUCAAGAUACAGUACUUAGUAGUGGUAACUGA